AUGAUGAACGAGGGUUGUCCAAAUUGCGGACAAUUAACAAAUGCUUCUUGCUCACGAUUGAUUGAGGACACUUGCGGUCAUAAAAAGUGUCGGAUUUGUUUAUUAUACGAAGAACAAGGCUGUAAAACUUGCGAAAAAGAGCGAUUGAUACCUGCAAUUAUAGACUGUCAAUAUGACGAUAAAGUACCUAAAAGCCCAUCAAUUAUACUGGAUAUAUCCGAUGCAAAGUCAACAAUAAUAAUAAAACGGCAUCAUGAUAAACAUUAUCCAGAUACUAUUUGUGCGCCGCUCAAUCCGCCGAUUCCUCACGAACAACAUGAAGAAAGAAGAGAAAAUUUAUCCGAAGAGAUAAAUCCUUCACAAAGACUUGACAACCUAGAAGGCUUAGCUUCAAGUCUCAAGCAGGAUUAUGUUCCAGAUCCUCUACCUUUAGAUAAUUUAAACACUAAUUUAUCCAAAAUUUCCAAUUCAAAGCCAGAAGAAGAUAAAGUUAAACAAAGACGGCCUGAUCGUAGUCACAUCAUCGUGCUAUCCGCGGACCCUGAGAUGUACAAAUGCAGCAUCUGCAACAAAAUCUUCCGCAACAAGAAAGGAAAAUGCUACCACGACGGUUGCAUAACUGGGAUUCGUCCGUACAAAUGCGGAAUUUGCGAGCGGAGCUUUGUCAAGAAGUCCCACUUUGAGUACCACGAGCGCGUCCAUUCCGGCUACAAGCCUUUCAAAUGCAGCCUCUGCGACAAAGCAUUUCCUCAAAAAAAUAAAUUGAACCGUCACAUGCUGUCACACAGUUCGAAAAAACAGUUCGUUUGCACAAAGUGUGACAAAAGGUACAGCAAAAAAGACGAUUUGAAAAGCCACAUGAUGGUCCACAGCGGGACACUUCCUUAUUCGUGCGAGUCUUGUGGCAAAUCCUUUAGAUUGCGCAACAAUCUUAAUCGACACGCCUUCAUCCACUCCAACGAGCGGCCUUACGCGUGUGAUUAUUGUGGGAAAAGUUUCAAAGACAAAUCUUUGCUAUCUAGACACAAGCGAACGCACUCCAAGGAGAGACCUUAUUCUUGCGCGCAUUGUUCCCGGGUUUUUCUCUCGAAAAGCGAGUUGACAAGACACUUGACUAUUCACACUGAUGUAAAACCAUUCAAUUGUAACAUUUGUCAGACUGUCUUUCGACGGAAAGAUAAUCUCAAUCGACAUGUACGUCACCACCACUCUGAAGAUUCAAACAACUUUAACAAUUCGGGUGUUGGUACGUCCCAGAAAAUUGAUAAGACAAAAGACAAAGUUAAGAAAAAAUUCGUUAGGAAAGAAAAGGGCAAAGGUAAAAUUUCAUUGAAAAAUAAAGACAUUGAAGAAAGAAAUGAGAUAAUGACGAAUAUAAGAAGUGUCCAUAAUAUUAUAUCGAGAUGCGACGCGCGAGGUAAUGUUUAUCCGGUGAUUAGAGCGACCAGUGAGUUGAGCAACGCGGUCUCUGUUAUCAAUGGCCCGAUAAGCAGACUGAGCCCUGAGGACAAGGGCAGAUUUGGAAAUGAAAAGAAGAAAGUUUUAACUUACACAGAGCCUAUUUCGCCGGCAGAAGCGAUCGUUAUUAAUCAGAGGAUUGAAGAAAAACUGUACAACAUAAAUCAAGGACCGGGUACUUGUUAUUAUCGUGAUUGUAAUUCUAGUCGUAUUAAUGAUGCGUCACGUGCUGGUCUGGGUCUUUCAGGUCGCGGUUUGCCUCCUCUGCCACCGAUGAGACAUAAUUCACCGAUACGCGCUGUCCCAAGGUACCAGAGGCGGGCUGACAGCUAUUUUUCCCCGCCAAAGAGUACAAACUUGAUUGAAUUGAAAAGCCCGAAGAGUGAUUGUGCGGUGGCAAAGGGUAACAGUGAGUGUGAGGCUGCUUGUAAUAGUAAUGGGGGUGUUGCUGCUGAAAGGAACAGUAAUUCUAAUGACAGAAAGGGUGUAUUCGAAGAGAGGGCUAAUUGCGUGCCGACGAUACAGAAAAAUGUCGGGCUGGAGCAUGAAAAAGAAACAAGGGAAUUCGAGACGCACUGGCGACGCAGAACUCUCGAAAGUUUAAAGCCCCGUAUCAAUUUAAAUAAUUGA